CCUUUUAUUUUGAAAACGCUGACCGGAACUGGCAAAGGGAAGGUGGUCCUCCGUGUAGAAAAACCCCGUCGCUCCCCGUCGGGAACAAACUUCGUGAGUUUUUCUUCACUUUAGUCACUUUGAAACACGACCGAGACCAAGCCGGGAGUUUCGAACUAACCCAGAAACCGCGGUGACGGAGUCCAAGCGGGAUUAGUUCGGUUUGUCCGGAGGAGGGAAGUUGGGAAAGUGAGGGGUGAAAAUGGAGAGCCCAGCUGAGUGAGAGUGGGGUGAGGAGGCCGGCUUUGGCAGGAGCUGGGAGUCCUGCCCUGCCGCUAACAGGCUAGCUAGCUGCUCCCAUACUCCCUCGCCUGUGGCAAAAUGGAGGAGACAGAAACUUUGAAUUGGAAAAUCUGAUUUCUGCACCUACAGGUUUUCCAGACUGCCAUCUCCAGGGAAGCUGCUCCAUCCAAGCCGCUGUGAAACUCAGAUUCUCCCACCAUCCGCACCUCUGUUUGGAAUGGAAGUUCUGCACAUUUCCUAGAAGCUGAAGGCUUUUAAGGAGAACUCUACAAUGAAACUGAAGAACUUUGUGAUGUGAACAUCAGUACAAAUUGAGCAGUUUUGUUCGCAUUGAUUCCUCCAAGAGGUUGACUUAUCUGGUACCAGCACAUUGGAGCCAAGCGACCAAAAAUAAAGCCAGAACUUCUCUGAGAACACAAUGGAUUCCUGAACUUGUGGGAGAAGUUUGCUCCUAUUGAUGCCCCCCCCUCUGGGUGAGGGGUGUUGUCAACUUUCUUCAUGGACUUCUGCCCCAGUGUGGGCACAGCCUGGAUGUUGGAUGUCCGGAGUGUGUUGAAUCAGCUGUUGCGGUGAUGAAGCAGGACUUUUGGUGGCCUGUGUGGCUGGCUGGACAGAGGUGUGAGGUGAUGUGAUGGGGUGCCGGAACAGCAAGGUCCUCCCUGAGCCUCCAGGGGACGUUCAGCUGGACCUGGUCAAAAAGGUUGACCCUGUCCAGCCCCCUCACACUGAUAUCUAUAAGCACUUCAUACGAGGUGACGGCACAGCAAGCAAGAUGGGUGCAGCUGGCGGAGCAGCAGGUGACAAGUUGGACUCCUCCUUCGCAAGUCGAGUCAAAACUACCACGCCCACCGCUUCAGCCCUGCCCGCCAAGGAUCCGUCUGAAGUGCCGGAUCCACAGAGGAAGAAGGUAGCGAAGUAUCGAGCCAAGUUCGACCCCCGAGUCACGGCAAAGUACGACAUCAAGGCCCUGAUCGGGCGUGGGAGUUUUAGCCGCGUGGUCCGCGUGGAGCACAAGAGCACGCGGCAGCCGUACGCCAUCAAGAUGAUCGAGACCCGCUACCGAGAGGGGCGGGAAGUGUGUGAGUCCGAGCUGUGUGUGCUGCGUCGAGUCCGGCACACGAAUAUAAUCCAGCUGAUGGAGGUGUUCGAGACGGCGGAGCGAGUCUACAUGGUGAUGGAGCUGGCUACGGGGGGAGAGCUCUUCGACCGGAUCAUCGCACGCGGCUCUUUCACAGAGCGGGACGCCACGCGGGUCCUAACGAUGGUGCUGGAUGGCGUCAAGUAUCUCCACGCUUUGGGGAUCACGCAUCGAGACCUGAAGCCCGAGAACCUGCUGUACUACCACCCCGGAGCCGAUUCCAAGAUCAUCAUCACCGACUUCGGCCUGGCCAGCAGCAGGAAGAAGGGAGACGAAUGUCUGAUGAAGACCACCUGUGGCACUCCGGAGUACAUUGCCCCUGAGAUCUUGGUGAGGAAGCCCUAUACAAACGCAGUGGACAUGUGGGCUCUGGGCGUGAUCUCCUACAUCCUGCUGAGCGGCACCAUGCCCUUCGAGGACGACAACCGCAUGAGGUUAUACCGGCAGAUCCUGAAGGGGAAGUACAGCUUCUCUGGAGAGCCGUGGCCCAGCGUGUCCAACCUGGCCAAAGACUUUGUGGAGCGAAUUCUCACGGCAGACCCGAGCCAGCGGAUGACGGCCGGUCAGGCCCUUAAGCACCCCUGGAUCAUGACCAUGGCGGCCGCCUCCUCCAUGAAGAACCUGCAGCGCUGCAUCUCCCAGAAUCUCCUGAAGCGCGCCUCCUCACGCUGCCACAGCACCAAGUCGGCUCAGUCCACGCGCUCCAGCCGCUCCACCAAGUCCAACAAAGCCCGCAGGGUUCGGGAGAAGGAGCUUCGCGAGCUCAACCGCCGCUACCAGCAGCAGUACAACGGCUGACGGCGCCUCCAGGACACCGCGCCUCAGACCGCUCGCUCAGAGCUUCUCUAACGAGGCUCGGUCCAAAACUGCAGAAGCUGAAAAAGACGAUCACUGAGUUCAUCAUCUCUCUCUCCAUUCCUUCAUCAUUCUUCCACUCCAUUUUUCCACAUAUUUAUUUAUUUUUUUGUUGAGAUGAUCCGUGCAGAGGUCACUGGAUAAUGACCUGACAGAUCUGUUGAACAGAAAUACCAAACUGUCUCUGUGGAGGGAGGAAUAAACUCCCUCAUUUCUGAUUCCAAAGUGCUGUGAAUUUCUGAUUGUACAUUUGCGUCCAGAUCUCUUCUUCUGAUGCUGAUGGUCACAAACAUGAAGACCUCUCUGUUCUUCUGCUUUUUUAUAAUGAGAUCCCACCCGAGAGUUAAACCUGUUCAUGAAUGAAGUUGGUAGAAGGUAAACCGGCAGAUGUUCCGCUGUGGGUCGCACCAGCUUUAAGUUGAGAAGGUCAGCCUCUGAUGUAGAAAUUAAUGUCUGCAAAAGAGAAAGAAUUUAUCCUUCAAACCUGCAACUUUUUCUAUGACCAGCAGGGGGAGACCUCUGAUUAAAUAGAAAAAAACAACUUGUUGGACAUUUUUGUGCCAAAAUGGAGUUGAAGGCAACAGUGAUAAGAACUAAUCAGUGUUUGCAAUAAGCUUGUGCCAUUUAUGUCACCUAUAUUUUAUGAUGGAGUAUUAAGAUCACCAAAAAAGAAUAUAAGUAUAUGAGAAAAAAGUCACAAAUUAUCAGGAAAAAAUUACAAAAUUGUAAUUGUAAAUUUCUGAUUCAGAAAGAUGCAAGGAAAAGGCAAUGUUUUUUCUUAAAAAAUAAAGUUGUGAUUUAAUUUCUAAAAAGCUAUACAUUUGCAAAUAAAAAAAUCAGAUUUGUAAGCAGUGUGACGACAAUCUGAUUUCUCUGAACUGUGCGACAUAAAUUUGACAGUUUUCGUUAUCUUUGUUCAAAUAUUCUAGAAGCUAAAUUGAACUUACUUUUUCUUUUUUUGGAAAAAGGAAGAUUUUUCCCUUGUAAAUUUAAAUUUUUAAGCAUAAAUUUACAAAUGUGUUCUUCUAAAUUGUUCAAUUUUUAAUUUAUUGUCCUAAGAAUUUUCUUAAUUCUAAUUAAAGUCUAUAUUGACUCUCAUAUAUUUUUAUUUCUAUUUUGCUGUAUGUUAUCUUUAAUACUCUGUCUUCCUUUUUUUAAAAUAUACAUUUAUUUGCUUGUAUGUUUUUUAGUUUUUUUUCUUAGUUAUUUUUAAAAGUAUUUAAAUAUUUUAAAUUGAAAGUCUUUGUAUAUUAGUUAAAAAAACAAUUUUUAAGAACCACUUUUACUUCUUUAAAUUUCCAAGUUUUUACGUUUUUUGAGAGUUCAAAGUAUGUUGGCAGAAAAAAGACAAUCAUAGUUUACCUUACCUGCAUUUAAAGGGAAAAUAUAUUUUAAUUCUAAUUUCAAUUUUUGUGACACUACAACAAUUUAAGUAUAGUCUAGAUUAACUGUGUUUUUUUCAAUAUAAAAAAUGUAAUUCAAUAAUAAACUAUGUUUGAUGCUAUUUAGAGUAAAUGACACUUCCUCGUUUUCAGAGCCCAAACUAAAGCGGACGAUUUCCCGUCUGCUAAUCAAUAUUUUCUAUCAGUAUUAUUGAUUAAGACAAAAGUUAGCUCUCAUUUGUUUCCUUUUAAAAAAAAAAACAUUUAAGUGAAAUGUUAGCAUGUCAUUCUAAAGGUUUUUGUUUUCUAAGGUUUGUUUUGACUCCUAAAACAGAGGAUUUUUGUGCAGAAGAGGAACCAUGAAGUCACUUUUAGUUGUUGUUUUAGGAAAAGCUGGUGCUGCCGAGCACAGCAGAACAUCUGCAGACGUCAUGGAGAGCGAGCCGGGCAGGAAUGAUGCUGGAGGAGCAGCAUGUUUGAAUUUGUGAAUGAAGGAAUUAACUGUUGAAAGGUGAAUCAAACUUCAGAGUUUGGGGAAGUUUUACUUCCAAAAAUGAAAGUUUUUGACCGAAUCGUAUGAAGUUGUUUUCUCAAAAGUUGCACAACUUUUAAAAUUUGAUUUUUUUUUUUUAUUAUUAUUUUUCUUUUAAAAAGCACUUCAUGUAAAGAUUUUUCCUUUUUCUUGUUUGACUCUUUGGUUGAUUUUAAUCCAGAAGACUGGACUUUGUGUUUCAACCUUUGCUUUAUAAGGAUGCUGCUGUGACGUGUUUCAGAGCUGGAAAGUUUUCUGUUGUUUUGGAAAUUUUCUGACGCACUGGAAGCCAAAUUCGAGCCAUGUCAGCUGACCUCAGUUUUGUUUAUUGCAGCGUUGAAAGGUUUAUAUCCCCCUGUCCUGCUAUUUCUCUACUGUUCUCUUUCUUAUGAGCGUUUUCAGAAAGAAUCAAAAGAUGAUUUGGAUUCGAGGUGGUUCUAUUUGAGACCAACAGCUUAGUGAAACUCUACUAUCCACCUGCAAAUGUAAGAUGAACCGCAGACCUUCUGCACAUUUUAAGUGUUUUUUUUGUAUUUGUUUCUGUGAUUUUUACAUUCAUGCUGUUUUAAAUGAAGUAGCCUUUUCAACACUGUUAGCUGAAAAUGUUUCGUGCCUUAAAGGAAUGAUAACUCUUUGAUUCUUUUAUCAAUAACUCAUUUUUUAUGUUUUUAAACGGUGAGUUUUAUGUGCCAAUAAAGCACUCGAACCUGAA